AUGCAUCCCUCACUUCUCUUUCAAGCCAGGAAUGCAGUAGUUAACCACACACUGAGGAGGGACUAUCCUGACUUCCAAAAGUGGUUCAGACUCUGCAAUUCCAUCAGAUCUUACCAUGCAAUCCCUACAGCCCUAUGUAAGAGAGGAGCUUCAGACCAAGUAUUGGAGCUCACUGAUGAUUGCCCAUUAGUCCCAGGUUACAUCCAUCUCCCUGAUAUCUGCUCCUUCAAUGUAUUGGGUGGCUCUUGGAUCUUGCAUGACAUAUCCAGCUUCCAGGGCUGAUGGUAUUUACUGAAACCCAGGGAAUACAGAAGAUUCCUUGACUGGGGUGCAGUAAAUGCCAAAAAUGUCUCUUUGCAGAGGCUGGCUGACUUGCACUGA